AAGCUCUGAAGCAAAAAAGGUAAACUGCCGAGGAUCGUGAGUUUGAAGGAAGAGAAAAAAUGGCGUCAUCGUCCAGCAGUGGCCUAACAUUCAAGCUCCAUCCUCUCGUCAUCUUAAACAUCUCCGAUCACUACACACGGAUCAAGGCCCAAUCGCAGCCUCCUCCCACCUCCUCCGCCGUUAAUGAUGCUGUUUCCUCCCCGCCUCCGCCGCGAGUUUUUGGCUGCGUUAUUGGCGUUCAGCGCGGUCGCACUGUCGAGAUUUUCAACAGCUUCGAGCUCCUUUAUGACUCAUCCACCCACACCCUCGACCGCGCUUUCCUUGAGAAUAAACAAGAGCUCUAUAAGAAGGUAUUUCCACAUUUUUAUGUGCUGGGAUGGUACUCGACAGGGGGUGAUGCACAAGAAUCUGAUAUGCACAUUCACAAAGCUGUGAGCUCGGAUUAUCCUAUUAUAUAGUCUAACUGUUUAAUUUUCAUUUUAGACUUUAAUUCUGUUCGGUGUGGAUUUUUUAAAAAGAGAAAUUAUCUAUGGAAUAGGGAUGGGAAUAUUUGAGUAUUUGCACUAUUACUUGAUAUUUGAAGUUGAUUUUCUAGGCAAGCGUAGGCAUAGUUAACAACAACAGGAAUUCAGAAUUACUCAAAGAAUAUGAUACGCAUUUUGUCAAAGGAUUUCAUAGUUACUUUGAGAAAAUGGUACACAUUUCGUCGAAGAUUUGUAGUUUUCCAUGUGUCAAUCAUAUGCAGCAUGUUGCAGGAGAUCAACAACAUUUAGAACAUUCAAUUGAAAUUUCAGUUUUCCUUUUGUUUUUCAUAUUUCACAAGUAGAAUGUGGAAGUGGUACUGUAUUUCGCUUGUAUCAGCCUCCUAAAAUGUUGCUGAUUUAUAAUUGUUUUAAUAGGUUAGGUAUGCAUUUCUGUUCUUCCUUCCAUCUUGCAAUUGUUGGUGUCUGAAAAAAAUAAACAACAAACUACUCACCCUCCAAUAUCUUGGCUAUUCCUAUUGUGAAUAAUCGCUUAAC